AUGGCCAUCUCAAUCUCCAUUCCCAAUUAUACCCCUCUGCCAUUUCUCUAUUUACUCCUCUUUUCUUCUUACCACCUCCCCAUUUUGUCCAUUAAUGUCACCGAUUUGUUAACCUCGUACCCCGAUCUCUCGGACUUCACGAAUCUCUUGACAACCACCGGCGUCGCUUCUGAUCUGGCCCACCGCACCUCCGUUACGAUCCUGGCGGUUCCCAACGCGUUCUUGCGUAGUUCCUCUGCCGAUCUCACGCCGGGGAACCACCCUUCUUCUAGUAGCCUCGCCGACGUUAUUCGAUACCAGGUACUCCUUGAGUACUUGUCUUUGUCCGACCUCCGCCGCAUGCCUUCCGCGGGGAAACUCGUCACCACCUUGUUUCAGACAACCGGCCGUGCUGCGUCGAACUCCGGCACAGUUAACAUCACGUUUAACCCUUCUUCUGACGCCGUCACUAUCUACUCCCCUACAUCUAAUGCUACUCUCCUUGCCCUAAUUAAAACUCUUCCUUACAACAUCUCGAUUUUCUCAAUUAAUUCGCUUCUAGUACCUUACAAUCUCGAUCUAAUGGCUUCUGAAACUCGCCCGCCUUUGGGGCUCAAUAUUACGAAAGCACUAAUUGAUGGGCACCAAUUCAAUGUGGCGGCAUCGAUGCUUCAAGCAUCUGGGGUUGUGUCUGAAUUUGAAGCCCAUGAGAAUGGUGCCGGAAUCACACUUUUCGUACCCACUGAUGACGCAUUUGCCGAUCUGCCUUCAUCGGUAAAGCUCCAGUCUCUACCGGCUGACCAAAAAGCACAGGUUUUGAGAUUCCACGUUUUGAAUUGUUACUAUCCAUUAGGUUCUUUGGAAUCAAUAGUGAAUCCGGUUCAACCCACGUUGGCGACGGAGCAAUAUGGGGCUACGAGUUUCACCUUAAACAUUAGUCGGGUUAACGGGUCGGUGGGCAUUGAUACCGGGAUAGUGCAGGCGUCCGUGACCCAAACGGUGUUUGAUCAGAAGCCAGUGGCGAUUUUUGGGGUGUCCAAAGUUUUGUUGCCCCGAGAAUUUUUUGGGAAGAAUCCAAUUGAGGUGAACAAGCCAGUAACAGCAGGAGCUCAGCCACCGGAUAUUGCACUCUCUCCAGAGCCUGGAAUGUACAGUCCAGCAGGUCGUGUUUCAUCACCGGCUGGGAUGGAAAUUCGAUCUGUGGCGGCAGCUGAAAAACUGGGAUUGCAAAGAUUAUUGUUGAGUUUGUGGUGUCUAUGGCUGAAUUAUCUAUAUCUAUGGCGAUGA